CUCCCAUGAUGCCUUGCAGUGAACAGCAUGGAGAUCGUCCACGUUUAUGUGCGGCGGCGUGGUGACUUCGGCCGGCAGAGUCACUUCUCCGACCGGCCGGCGGAGCUGCUGGUGGACAUCGGGCCCGACCCGCCGCUCGCCGACGGCUUCAUCCACAGGGACCCGAGAGACGUGGCCACGCAGAGCGCCCAGGAGAUGUCCGAGCACCAGGUGAACACUGAGCGCUUUGAGUCUGAGAGCCGGGGGAUCAACCACGUGGAGGGCGGCUGGCCCAAAGACGUCAACCCGCAGGAGAUGGAACAGACCAUCCGCUUCAGGAAGAAGGUGGAGAAAGACGAGAACUACGUGACCAGCGUCCUGCAGCUGGGCAGCGUCAUGGAGAACUGCAUCAAACAGAACAACGCCACGGACAUUUACCAGGACUACUCUGAAGACGAGGAGGCAGCGGACGAGGUUCAGGAGCCGCCGGCAGCAAAGACCGUCAAUGUUUUCAGGGAUCCUAACGAGGUGAAGCGCACGGUCACCGGCCUGUCCUGGCAUCCUGACGGCAACAGGAAGCUCGCCGGGGCUUAUUCCUGCCUGGAGUUCCAGAAAGCUUCCAAAGACAUGAGCUUCGACUCCUACAUAUGGGACAUCGAGAAUCCCAACAGACCCGAGCUGACGCUGAAGCCGGUGUCCCCGCUCGUCUGCCUGGAGUACAACCCCAAAGACUGCCACACGCUGGCCGGAGGCUGCUACAACGGGCAGAUCGCCUUCUGGGACACCCGGCGGGGCAGCCAGCCGGUGGAGCUGUCCUCAGUGGAGCAGAGCCACCGGGAUCCAGUCUACAAACUGAUCUGGAUGCAGUCAAAGACCGGGACCGACGCCUUCUCUGCUUCUACUGACGGACAGGUGCUGUGGUGGGACAUGCGGCGGCUGAGCGAGCCCACCGAGCGCCUGGUGCUGGACCUCAGCAGGGAGGGCAGCCUGGACGCCGCCCUGGGGGCCAGCGCCCUCGAGUUCGAGGCCACCAUGCCCACCAAGUUCAUGGUGGGGACGGAGCAGGGCCUCGUGCUCUCCUGCAACCGCAAGGCCAAGAGCCCGGCCGAGAAGAUCGUGUGCACGUUCGACGGGCACCACGGCCCCGUCUACGCCCUGCAGAGGAACCCCUUCUUCCCCAAGAACUUCCUGACGGUGGGAGACUGGACGGCCCGCAUCUGGUCCGAGGACAUCAAGGAGUCCUCCAUCAUGUGGACCAGGUACCAGACGUCCUACCUGAUGGACGCCUGCUGGAGUCCCGUCAGACCGGCCGUCUUCUUCACCGUCAAGAUGGACGGCGUGCUGGACGUGUGGGACGUCCUCUUCAAGCAGAACGAACCCACGCUCAGCAUCAAGGUGUGUGACGAGGGUCUCUACAGUCUGCGGCUGCAGGAGAGCGGUCGGCUGCUGGCCUGCGGCUCCCGGCUGGGCGGAGCCUCGCUGCUGGAGCUCGGCCCGUCUCUGUCCACCCUGCAGAGGAACGAGAAGAGCCUCGUCGCCGCCAUGUUUGAGCGGGAGACAAAGCGGGAGAAGAUCCUGGAGGCUCGCCAGCGGGAGCUCCGGCUGAAAGAGCGCAGCCGCUCGGAGCAGAGCCGCGAGGACGACGGCGCCAAGGAGGCGGACGGCCAGGAGGACCCGGAGGAGCUGAUCGCCCGGGCGGAGGCCGACUUCUUCAGCGCCAUCGACGCCGAGAUCAAACGCAGACAGAAGGAGGAGGACAAACACAGGGAGAAAGACGUCUGUGAAGAAAAAGAAGUCAGGAAUGGAGCCGAGUGACUGAUGACAUCGGCUGCAGCUCUUCUUCUUCUGCUUCUCCUGUUUCUUCCAAACAAAGCAGGAACACAUCACUUCCUGUGCAGCAGGAAGGAGCCGGCAGCGCUGCCGUCAUGGCGAACAUCAAAUAAGACAUUGAAUGACUGAAUCAGUGGAACGUUGUCCACGUCAGCAAACCAUUUAUCAGUAAAAAUUCUUCAUUCACAAACCACACAGCUGAUAAUUGGCUGUGGAAAGCAAAACG